AAUACACAGCUGAAAAGAGAGGGAAGUAGGACUGAACUAACCCUGGGAUAUCUGCAGGCAUGUCUGGAAAGCUGGUUUGCAUUGCUGACUUUGAGGAGUAUGCUGCAAAAUUCCUCCCCAAAUCAGUGUAUGAUUAUUACCGCUCUGGAGCAGAUGACCAAGAAACACUAGCAGAUAAUGUAGCAGCAUUUUCAAGGUGGAAGCUGUACCCCCGUGUGCUCAGGGACGUGUCAGUGAUGGACCUGUCCACCUCGGUGCUGGGGCAGAGGAUCAGCAUGCCAGUCUGUGUCGGAGCCACCGCUAUGCAGCGCAUGGCUCAUGCUGAUGGAGAGACAGCAACUGCUAAAGCUUGCCAAGCCAUGGGGACAGGGAUGAUGCUGAGCUCCUGGGCCACCUCUUCCAUUGAAGAAGUGGCUGAAGCAGCUCCAUCCGGCCUUCGCUGGCUGCAGCUCUAUGUGUACAAGGACCGGGAGGUUACCAAAUCCCUUGUGAAGCGUGCGGAGCGAGCAGGAUACAAAGGGAUCUUCGUGACGGUGGACACGCCGUUCCUCGGCAGGCGCUUCGAUGACGUGCGCAACAAGUUCCAGCUCCCUCCCCACCUCAGAUUGAAGAACUUCUCCAGCAGUGACCUGGCAUUCUCCUCAGGGAAAGACUUUGGAGAAAACAGUGGAUUGGCUGUGUAUGUAGCUGAGGCAAUCGAUGCAAGUGUCAACUGGGAAGACAUCAAAUGGCUUCGAGGGCUGACCUCACUGCCUAUUGUCGCAAAAGGAAUCCUCAGGGCUGACGAUGCUAAAGAAGCGGUAAAGAUUGGGGUAAAUGGUAUCCUGGUGUCAAAUCAUGGGGCACGCCAACUUGAUGGGGUCCCUGCAACUAUUGAUGUCUUGCCUGAAAUCGUUGAGGCUGUGGAGGGGAAGGUGGAGGUGUUCCUAGACGGUGGUGUAAGAAAAGGCACAGACGUUCUCAAAGCACUUGCUCUUGGUGCCAGAGCUGUGUUCAUUGGAAGACCUCUCAUCUGGGGCUUGGUUUAUCAAGGUGAAGAAGGAGCAAAAGAGGUUCUCCAGAUGCUGAAGGAAGAGUUUCGCCUGGCAAUGGCACUGACAGGGUGCCGGAGAGUAGAAGAAAUCGGCAGGACGCUGAUACGAAGACAUCAAGUAUUGUCUUCCAAGAUUUAGGUCUGAAGAUUAUUGCCUAGUGUCUUGCCUGUUGUACGGAAAGUGGGCUACCAGAUAAAAAGCAACUGUGUUCACUCUUUGGGCUUCAUCCUGCAAUCCUGACUGAGAAGAAGUGGUCUGUAGGAGACGACUUGCUGAAGAAUGUGCUUAACGCAAAUGUUACAGGUGUUUCUGUAUUCUCUUAGGGUCCUAAGGAAAACUGCUCUACUGGGAGUUGUGAUUAAAGAUGGGCCUUUAUAGAAGACCAAUAUAGAAACUUCAAGGUGUUUUGCAUCAAACCUAGUAUUAACUUACAUGCCUGGAAGUAACUCCGAUGUUAAAGUGAAACUAUAAACUGUUUGACAGCAAACCACUAUCAAAAUGGAGAAAUUUAAAAUGUGAAAGAUAGUUCUUGCUUACUGUUAGAGAAACUACACUGUAGAUUGUGGAGAUUAAAUCUUGCUUGCUUGUGGACAUAGUGUCAUUUCCCUAAACACUAUAUGCUAUUACUUACAACUAAGAGUCCUCUAAGCUCCUACUGCCUACAUGCUUAGAAAGAACUGAAUAGCAAAGCAAAAUUAGGGAAAUUCUGCUAUUUAAGUGACAUAAAGCCCCUCUGCAACGAGACAAUGUUACACAUGUACAUCAGGUCUAGGUCAGCCUCUUGGCUGGUGCAAACCCUUGCAGCCCUAUUGCCUUCAGCAAACUGCACCAACUGCACCCAGCUGAAGCUGUGAGUCCGGUUUUCACCUGGAUUCAUUUGCUGACAGUGGCAAGUGAAGGCUGAUGCUACCUGGGAGAUUUUGUAGGAUUUGCAGCCAUGUGCAAAGGAGGAACUUGAAUAAUUGAGGCAUUAACCCUUCACUUGGGAAGAUCCUAGUGGCCCUACUCAGUUUCCAUGAACACCCUUCAGACAGAUAAAUCUUAGUGUUACUCACUCUGUUUAUGAUGUGGAUACAGAGACAGGCAGGAUCUGCUGAACAAUCCAAAUCCCCACUGAAUUCAGGAGAAAUUUUGCCCUGUAAAAGGGUACCUUCAUACUACAGAGUGACCUUUCCUUAAGUGAGCAAGCAGGCAGAGGAGGUAAGACUCUACUAAUCUCCUCUUGGGUAAAACUAAGGGUGGCUCUUCAUGUGUCUCACUUCUGCUGCAGGUAUAGCAAUGUUACUGGAAGCAGGCAGAGGCCACUGCAGGAAGGUUUUGAAAAUCUUAUUGUGGAAAUUCAGUGUUCAUUUCUAAGGAGGAAUAAAAGAAACCCCAAAAGCCUUGGUUUCAUUGUUCACUGUCACUGACAUCACUGGCUCCACCGUUUGUUUCCCAUCAGUGUCAGAAGGCCUCAUGUGUUCUGACUCUCCCUUUUUGCUCUGUUUGACAUAUCCCUUACCGAGCUUUAGAGGCAGCUUUGUAAUAAAAUGAUGGAAUAUUAUAAUGUGAACUAAAGCUGGGGCUGGAACUCAGAAAGGGGAGAAAACCCAAAAGGCCACAUGCUUGCCCUCCAGUUGUAAAAUCCAUACUCUUAUUUACUGCAGAAUGCAGUGUGUUGUGUGAGGGUUGCGUAGCAACAAAAUAAAGUUUAUCUCUGUAAGGAAA